UCACUCUCACGAAUCAGUUGAUCGUUGGGAGCGCACUGGGACGGUUGUGUUGGAAAACGCACGGAUCGAGCCAAGUCAAGCAUAAGUGAUAUGUAGCCAAGUGGUUGUUUGUUCCCAUCGGGUCAGUGUGCGUGCGUGACAAGACAAAAGGCAGAAAGGGAAGUGGGUUGAGUGAAAGGAAGGUGUGCAAGGUGUGCGGUGGCUAACGAACGAACCCACACAGUGUGGAAGGGGCAGAACAAGGAAGCAGAAGCGAACUGGACAUGCAAGACUCGUUGUUGCUGCAUCGGUUGGAUGUAUUGCAAAUUGCGGCAAGCACCAAUACUUGCGACUCUGUGUGCCAUCGAACCUACGGAGGAUUAGUUACUUCGAAGAAUGAAACGACGUGAUCACUCGACGGUGUCUUCUUCGUCAUCACCGUCCAGUUCGUCGGGAACAGUUACAUCCCCGGGAGAAGAUGCUAUGACAGCAGUACGUGACAUUCGGAGCAAAAGUGUGGGCGACUCGCGUCGCAACAGCAGAGCAUACAUGCCGGUUGGGGAGUUUCAGAUCAAAGAGGAAGCCGCGGAUCCCGACAUACAGGCCGACUCGGAGGUAUCUCUCGAUGCGAACAGUACCCUCGCCCAGGUGCUGGAGGAUUUCUCCAACGAUGAGGCGCCUCACGAGCCGGAAAUCGAAAUCAAAACGCCCCACCUCAGCCACUCUCAGGACGAUGGCAGCUUCCGCAAGCACGGCAACGCCGCCGCACAGAAGGCGCUCCACUUCCAGAUGGGCAACAUCACGUACGCCAUCUCGGACCAGAUGUUCAAACCGGUGCAGGUGAAUUUGCUGACCAAGGACAUGCUGGAGCAAAAGAUUACGGAGAAGGAUCCGGAACUGGUGUACCGGAAGCAUCACAAUAACAACAGCACCUGGGCGAGAUAUAUGCCGAUGUACUAUAAGGGUGUCAAGCAGAACUACGUUCGGUGUUUGGAGUGUGGGUGGUUGGUGCUGCACAAGGCGAGCACGGGAACGGGAUCACUGUUGCGCCACAAAUGCAAGAUCAAACUGCCUUCCGGCGUGGAGCUGAAGAUCGAACAGCAGCCACCCUCCAAUAGGAAUCUACCUGUGAAAACAGCGGUCGUAGUGGGACCAACACAUACGCAUGCGGUGAAGUUCCAGACUACGGUUAUGCCCCAGAACGUGAUCGAUGAUCUCGUGCGGCAGCAGGCAUGCUUCCUGUACAAGGAUCUCAGCAGUGUGGAUCUGUUUGACAGUUCCAGCUUUCGGACGUUUGCUCAAAUGUUGAUCAAUACCGGAGUAUACUACGGACAACAGGACAUAGGCUUCCUGGCGGAUAAAGCCAAACUCAUGAACCGAAUCAUUCCAACGAUCUAUCAACAGGCAAGGAACCAGUUGAACCAAGCGUUACAGGAUUGUGAUCUUAGUUAUAGUUUUGAUAUAUUCCGAAACGAAUCGGAACCGAAAACAUACGCCACGAUUAAUUCUUACACCAUAGCGGAAGACUACUACUUCCGGAAAAUCAAUGUCAAGACUGUGCCUGUGGACGACAUGGACUCGUUCAUUGACAAAUUUCCCUCGUUAGUUGCCGGGAUGCUGGAGAAGGAACAAACAGAGCCUAUAAAGCUAGUGUUCGGUUCGAAACUGGACGCUGUCCGUUCCGAUCGUUUCGAAUUGGUUCCCUGCGUGGUAAGCACUCUUUGGGGUAUUAUGAAAAAGAUCAUGGCCAUGUUCGAAUUCGACAGUGAGCAGUAUGUGGACAAAAUUUACGCUCCUGAGAACGGCGACGACGGUGACGAUGAGGAAGAGAGCGCGAUGGAAAAAAUAUUGGCUCCGUUCAAGGAACCAAUCAAAAGCCUAGUUUCGGAAAGCACGGUCACAAUCAGCGAAGUUGUGCUUUGGAAGAAAAAAUUAGAGAGACACUUUCGAGUCGAGGACAGAGACGAUGAGUACAUGAAAACCAUUAAAGAAGCAUUCCAAAUAGAGAUCAAGCAAAGCUUGAAGCUGCAUGACUACCACAAAAUAGCAGUCUUCCUGGAUCCGAAGUUCAAAGGACUUCGGUUUCUCACCGAGGAGGAACGAGCCGAAACACUUGCCAUAGUGAAAGCGCAGCUCCAGCGGGACCAAGAUGGCAUUGAGCAGCUCAAAAAACUUUACUCCAGUGGGAAAAAGAACAAUAUCGAAAUUCGGAAGGAAACUAAAUUCUACGAAUUUAUGGACGCUUCCCUGGAGGUUGAAUCGGCCGAUGUUGUCGACGAUGAGAUUCGUCAGUAUGUGGACGUUAAACUGGAAUCGCCCGUAGAUAUACUUGCCUACUGGCGGGCCGAAAAUGCAUUCCCCCUGCUGAAGAAACUUUGCCAGCGGAUAUUAAACAUUCCUGCAGCCUGUGAUGAUAUGAAGCUGCGGUUCGGCCGAGCCGAAAAGCGAGAUUUUCUCAGAAAGCGGGCCGUCCUGCGGGAAGAGGAAAUCGAUAUGAUGCUCUAUCUGAACCAGAACGGACCGUGAAUAAAAAGACUUUAGAUGUUAUUUUUUUAUAUACCGAA